GGCGUCACACUCUCUUCUCUCUUCUCUCUCUCUGUGUACAGCUGAGGAUUUAAAGACUACAGCUUCCUACACUCUUUCCUCUCACUAACUGACUCAGUGAUGGGUUUCGAUUUAAAGGAGAUUAGGACGAAGAAGACACUGAUUGGUCUUGGUUUGGGACAGCUCCUCUCACUUCUUGCUACUUCUAAUGGCUUUACAUCUUCUGAGCUCGCCAGAAAAGGAAUUAAUGUUCCAACAUCACAAUGCUUUCUGAAUUAUGUGUUACUGGCAAUCGUCUAUGGAAGUAUCAUGCUGUAUCGAAGAUCCGACAUUAAGGCGAAAUGGUAUUACUAUUUCCUCCUUGCUUUUGUUGAUGUGGAGGCCAAUUUUCUCGUGGUGAAGGCUUACCAAUACACUUCAUUGACAAGUGUCAUGCUACUGGAUUGCUGGGCGAUCCCUUGCGUUUUGGUCUUGACUUGGUUUUACCUUAAGACAAAAUACAGAUUGAUGAAGAUCAGUGGUGUUUUUAUCUGUAUUGUUGGUGUUUUUAUGGUAGUCUUCUCAGACGUCCAUGCAGGGGAUCGAGCUGGAGGAAGUAAUCCUGUUAAAGGAGAUUUUCUUGUUUUAGCUGGAGCAACCUUAUAUGCUGUUAGUAAUACCAGCGAGGAGUUCCUUGUGAAGAAUGCAGAUACAGUUGAGCUGAUGACCUUCUUGGGGUUUUUUGGAGCCAUUAUUAGUGCCAUUCAGGUAAGUAUACUUGAACGUGAUGAGCUUAAAGCUAUUCACUGGUCAACUGGAGCUGUAGGUUUUCUUGCUAUGGCCAUUUCCAUUUUAACAUCUGCAAACCAAAGACGACACAUUCUUGUCUAUUUAUUACAUUUUUCGCGGUUUCAGGUUUUUCCGUUCCUUAGAUUCACACUCACAAUGUUUCUCUUCUACCCAUUAGUCCCGGUCUUACUCAAGACCAAUGGUGCAACAAUGUUCAACCUCUCGUUGCUCACAUCAGAUAUGUGGGCUGUUUUGAUCCGCACUUUUGGUUACCACGAGAAGGUUGAUUGGCUCUACUUCUUGGCAUUUGCUACUACAGCUACUGGACUGAUCAUAUACUCCAUGAAGGAGAAAGAUCAAGAGGAACACAGAUUUGAAGAAGUGGGCGACGAGGCGGCUAUGCAGAGGAAGUUGUUAGGUGAGGAUGAUGAGCCGGGAACCUAACCACAUAGGUUUUUGUCAAUUCCAUCGACUGUGUGAUAUUAUAUUAUUGCAUCCAGCAAAAAUAAAGGAUCUUUUGAGUGGAGAAAAGUAAGGACACCGUUGGUGACUGUAAAGAGUGAGAAAAAGGGCUUUAUUUGAUCUUGAUUGUAAAGAUAAACGAAGAUUUACAUUGUAAGAACAACAUUGGACUAUUAUAGAAGUUACUUCAAUUGUAUCAACUUCUCUUUAUUCUUGGGUUUAAUUUAGUUUACUUACUACUAAAACGUAAGAGGCUGAAUCUCCACACAGUUCUAGAACAGUCACUUUAAAGCUCAUCGUUAUGUACACAAUCGCCAGGCCAAAGAACUCGUAUAAGUACUAGACAGAUCCAGUGGCAAAACAGCUUCUUCUCUGUUUCCUCAUUUUCUAGUUUAGUGACUUUGAUCAGCAACGGUUUUUUUAACGAAAUGCAUCCUUCAAACUCUCGUCAUGACACUUCAACUUCCUUCUGCGUGAACGAGGGAACAGUAGCUGGUGGAUCUUCUUCUCUGCUGCCAUUUCUGUUGUAGCCUGUCAUAAACAAUGAUGAGA